UCAACGUUAAGGUGAAGUGAGUUGUACACUAUAGUAAAGUUCCUGGCUUUCUAUACAUUACCUAGUCUAGUAUGGAUUAUCGAGAUAAGUUGGUGGAAAAUUAUUUUUCUGUAGGGUUUCAACAAAAUGAAAUCAUUUCUAUGUUAGAACUAGUGCAUAGAGUAAAGGUGCAUCCUAGAACGUUGAAGCGGAUACUCUGUAGAUUAAAGUUAUGUCGCCGCAAGAAUUAUAGUGAUAUUGGUAUUGUAGUCAAUUUUAUUAAUAGUCAAUUGGCAAACUCAGGACAACUUCAUGGUUACCGAUGGAUGCAUCUUAAAUGCAUCCAGCAUGGCUUAAUAGUCACACAGAAAACAGUAAGAGAGGUGUUAGCACUACUCGAUCCAGAAGGAGUGUAUAUACGAAAGAGAAAACGUUUACGUAGAAGGCGAUAUUUUAAUGAAGGGCCGAAUGCAGUUUGGCAUAUAGAUUCUUACGAUAAACUAAAAAGAUAUGGGAUUUGCAUAAAUGGUGCCAUUGAUGGUUUUUCUCGGCACAUAAUAUGGUUGCAUGCAGGUCGGACUUCUAGUAACCCUAAAGUAAUAGCAGGGUACUAUCUUUCUGCAAUUAUGCGUUUAGGAGGAUGUCCACACACAAUUCGGGCUGAUAUGGGCACGGAGAAUGGUACAAUAGAGGCAAUGCAAACAGCAUUGUGUCAAAUUUUUACCAAUCCAGAGCAGUGCAAACCACCAUUCAUAUAUGGAAAAAGUACAGCCAAUCAACGCAUCGAAUCUUGGUGGUCGAAUUUACGUAAACAAUGUGCACAGUUUUGGAUAAACUUAUUUGAAACAUUGGAUGAGGAAAAUAUGUUUAACGGUUCUUUCCUUGACAAGUCUCUCAUGCAGUUUUGCUUCCUGAAGAUUAUACAGGAAGAUCUAGAUGCUGUAGUGCAAAUCUGGAAUUCGCAUCGAAUUCGUGGUUCGAAGAAGAAUAGGCUUUGCCUUGGAAGACCUACGAUUAUGUAUCAAGCCCCUAGUCUAUUUGGCGCAGAAAAUAAGUUAAUCCCCAUCUCCGAAGCAAUUCUUCGAUGUUUAGAAGACCAGUGUUUGUUUUACAGUAAUCCAUGUGACCAUUCUAUCAUGGAACUAUGCAGAAAUAUAAUUUCAGAAAAUAAUAUUACGGUCUCUGUUGAUGAUCCCUAUAGUGCUGUAAAACUUUAUGUCGACCUUAGGACCAUGAUCAUUCACUUAAUGCAACAACACUAAUGUUUAUUUAUAUAUAAAAUGCUUCUUUUAACAUAAAACAAAAGAUGUAAAGAAUUCGUAUUGUUUUUAUAAUA